AUGCGGAAAAAUGAAGCAACGGCUCUCAUUGUGGUUCUGCCGCCCCCUCCCCAGGAACCCGAUCGAAGAAAGCGUCUCACUGUAGGCAGUGUAUCAUUUUCGGUCGGAGAAAACAUGGUGGUGAACCCUCCUGAGUUGGUCGCGUAUUCGUCAGCAAAAGUAGCAACUACCACUGCCGACACGACCACACCGUUGACUGAACAAGCGAGCAUCCUCGCAUAUGGAAACGAGAUAAGUGGUUCUCGUGUUUUCGUUCGGGAAUGCUACCCGCCACCAUGGGAAGUUUGCAUGGAGAAAAUCCAGAAGGAGCCGCACCUUGUGGUUCUCGGAAAUCCAGGAAUCGGCAAGACGUAUUUUGGUUACGUUAUCUUGCGUAUGCUCGCACACCAAGGCGAGACGGUUGUUUACCAGUGUCGACAGGGUGAACGGAUUCUCUUUUCUCCCGACGUGGUUGGGCGAGGAUCAGGUACAGAUUUCGACGAGUUUCUGAGAAAGCGUGCUACGUACUACCUUGUGGACGGUCUCCGUCCGGACAGCUACGACUGUAAGACGAUUUUAUUGACCUCACCGCGUCGUGAAGCCUGGUAUGAAUUCUACAAAACCGCUUGCAGUAUGGUGUUCAUGCCGGUGUGGUCGGAGGAGGAAAUUCUCAAGUGUCACACGUUGUUGUUUUAUCCUGAAAUUCCUGUCGACAAGGUGAAAGAUCGUUUGCGUCAGUAUGGUGGCAUAUCCCUCAACAGCGUUAGGCUGGAUGCCAUGAUGUUCGCGUUUUGGAACACCGAGAGCCCAGAUUUUGAAACCACGAUCCUAUUACUGCACUUUCGAGUGAGCAAGUGGUUCGCCAGAGCGCAUUUCGUCUUCGCGUCGCGGUAUGUCCAGGAGGAGGUCUACAAGCGCCUAUACCAGCAGGAUAAGCGCAAGCUUCUGGAGUUCAUGAACCAAAGGGAUCAAUUUGCUGCCUACUCUAUCCUUCGUGGAUUUUUGUUUGAGGAGCACGUGCAUUCGGUGCUGCCGCGCGGUGGGAGGUUCGAGAUUCGGCGCCUGUUGCCCAACCAUGAAGUGCAAACUGUUGCUAGGACAAAGGAUUUCGUUGGUUUUGAAGGUUAUAACGGCGGAUAUUGGAGUGAUGAAUACAGCGACAAAGGUGAUGACGAGGAUGAUGGUGGUGAUUCGGCGUCUGCUGAAGCGAUGGAGGUCGAUAUCCCCAAUGCGCCUUCAGAAUCAGGAAGCGACGACACGUCGGUCACGCUUCCAACGUUGGGAGUUGCGGAAUUUGAUAGCGACGAGGAGCUAGCCGCUGCUGACAGCAACGUCUACCUUCGGCCGGUAGCGAGGAGCUACAAAUCCGUAGACGCGAUAGUCAAGCCUGGUGUUUUGUUCCAAGUGACUGGAGCGCAUAAAUGCCAGUCCAAUCGAUCAGGGCUGCUUUCUGUGCUGAGCCACCUUGGAGAUCCUGGAUCGCCCCGACUGUACUUCGUGUUGCCUCCAGUCCGCUUCGAAAGGUUCCAGUACCAAACGGGGAUUGACACAAGGGUGGAGCAGGCGGGCUACGUGAAUAUGCGGAAGAUCGAGCAAUUCGCCCUGAAAGUUGAGCUGCCGUUGGAGUAG